AUGAAAGUACCCCAAAACAAAAAGGAAGUUCAGCAGCUGACCAGUCGAUUAGCUGCGCUAACCCGGUUUCUGCCGAAAUCUGCUGAAAAUGCCCUUCCAUUCUUUAAACUUUUAAAGAAGGAAGCAAUUGAUGGAUGGAACCCGCUGUGCCAAGCCGCGUUCGAGAAAGUCAAGAGAUGCUUAGCAACUCCGCCAGUCCUCUCAAAGCCAAACCCAGGAGACAUUCUAAUCCUGUAUCUGGCAGUGGGGGAGGAGGCAAUAAGUGUUGUACUGAUCAAAGAAAAUGACGAAGGCCAAGAGCCAAUCUAUUUUUUCAGUAGAGCUCUACAAGGCGCAGAGGUCAGAUAUCAAAAGCUAGAAAAGGUGGCUUUUGCGUUACUGGUCACGGCCAGGAGAUUACGGCCAUACUUUCAGGGCCAUCAAAUAAUUGUCAGGACCAAUCAGCCUAUUCGGCAGGUGUUGCACAAGCCAGACCUGGCGGGAAGAAUGACUAAUUGGGAAAUUGAGCUAAGUGAAUAUGACAUAACAUAUGAAAGUCAGAAAGCUAUCAAGUCACAAGCUCUGGCCGACUUCAUAAUAGAACUGACGCCAGUAAACUCGAAACAUGAGGAAUCUGGCGAGUCAUGGAAGGUCUACGUGGAUGGAUCAUCCAACAGUAAAGGAAGUGGGGCUGGAAUCAUAUUAGAAAGCCCAGAAGGAGUAACAAUUGAACACUCUCUGAACUUGGGAUUCCCAACUUCAAAUAACCAAGCUGAAUAUGAAGCUCUGAUAGCCGGAUUGAUGCAAGCUAAAGAACACAGAGCUAAGAAAGUUCAAAUCUUCAGUGACUCACAGCUGAACCGUGGUUCAGCAAAGCAUAACAAUGUCGAGUUGUGUAAUGGUGAUAACCUCGCCGCAGACUGGAGGAAACCCCUAGUAGACUACCUGGAGAAAGGAAUAUUGCCAGAAGACCAUCUAGAAGCCAGAAAGUUGGUCCGAGAUGUGACACAAUACACAAUUGUGAAUGACCAGCUAUUUAGAAAGGGUUUGCACAACCCCAUGCUAAAAUGCUUGAGCUCGGAAGGAGCAAAAUAUGUACUCACCGAGAUCUAUGAAGGAAUCAACGACCAUCACAUGGGAGGCAAAGCCUUGGCCAGAAAGGCCCUCCGAGCUGGUUACUACUGGCCGACAAUGGGGGCAGAUUCUAAAGAACAUGUCAAGAAAUGUGACAGCUGCCAGAAACAUGCCAAGCUAAUCCUUUGA